AUGGCAGAUCUUAUGAUUUCCUGGAACCAUUUGUUCCUUCUGAAGGUGUUUUUUCAAAUUAUACAAAGACUUGCGGGAGGUCUACUAGACGGAGAGAUAGAUUCUCUACAAAACACAGAUCUAGAUCACUCAGCACGGUCCUCUGUUAAACGAACUCUGACAGUAUUGACAAAAAGACUUCAAUACGUAGAAAAACGCGUAGAGGAUCACAUCCCACAGAACAUAAGAGAACAACUUCAGAAAAAAGUACGAAAGUGGAAAGAAGAGGACAAACUUUUUGUGAAAGUUCCUGCUUAUCAGUCAGUUCGUGAUAAACUCAAGUCCUUGCCUUUCGUGACAGUGACUGGCAGUGGUGGUCGAGGUAAAACGUUCCUCAUUCGCCACAUUGCUCUGGAGCUUGAACAGGAGGGAUACGAGAUUAUUCCAGUUUCAUCAAUUGAAGAGAUCAGCCUUUAUGGAAAACUGCAUUUCAAACAAUUAUUCAUUAUAGAUGAUGUGCUAGGUGUAUAUGGUCUAGAAAUGAAUUUAUAUAACAAUCUAAGCAGACAUUCUGAAAACGUUCUAAGUUUAUUAGAGUCGGGAUCUAAACUACUCAUUAGUUGCAGGUCUGUUGUGUUUAAGGAGUCCAAAUCUUUAAAUAGUUUUGUUACAGAUAUAAAUCAUGUCAUCGAUUUAGAUGACGAAGAAAAUGAGCUCAAUGAUGAAAGCAUAAAAAGUAUGCUAGCAAAUUACUUACAGAAAGAAUACUUUGAAGAUUUAAAGUUACUUAGAAAAUUGCCAAUGUUUCCAUUGUUAUGUCGAUUAUUUUCGUCUUCUCAAAAAUAUCAAUCUGAGGGUGAACAUUUCUUUCUGCAUCCCUACCAGUGUAUAUUUUUAGAACUUGAUAAAAUGUUACAGAUAAACAAAAUACAUUAUGCAGGCUUGGUGUACUGUGUCAUCAAAGAUAAUUGUGUCUCUCCGAAAUCUUUGGAUAGGAAAUGUCUGAAAGAAAUCUAUGAAUGUUGCAGAUUAAACACGUCAACAUCUAAUUCAGAGCUUGUACAUGCAAUGCAGGUAUUGAGGGGAUCUUAUCUGACGCAUGACAUAGAGGGGAACUAUUCUUUAAUUCACGACAGUUUGUUUGAAAUCGUUGCAGUUCACUUUGGAAGACGCUUUCAAAACUUUUUCAUUGAACAUUGUACCUCAAGCUCUAUUUACAACCUUUUAACAUUUGUUGAGGAGGGAUCAAUAUGUGGUGAAAAUCUUAUUCCUGUCGGUGUAGAUCACUUUCCUGUGUUGGUUGACCGUAUCAUUUGUGACAUAAAGCGAUUCCAUCUCUAUGAAGUGUUCAGUAGAAAUGGGCAAUUUUCACAGAACGAAGCAUUUGUUUCGGUAUUUUGUAAAACUUUGAAAAAUUUCAGUCAUGAUGAUUUUAAACAGUUGUUUUUUGAAGUCGAGACUAAUGAACUUUUAAAUAAAAAAACGAAGAAACUUGUUCAUCAAAUAAACCAAAACAUUGACAUCUUUUUGGAAACAAAAAGGUAUAUUGCAAUAGACUUUAGUCUUUGGUUUGAAGUCGAGACUAAUGAACUUUUAAAUAAAAAAACGAAGAAACUUGUUCAUCAAAUAAACCACAACAUUGACAUCUUUUUGGAAACAAAAAGGUAUAUUGCAAUAGACUUUAGUCUUUGGUUUUUGGACGGGAUUAUUGCCUAUAACCACGUUGGUUUACUCUCUGGCCUCAUAGAAAUUGUCAGAGGUGAAAGUCAACUCGUUGAAAGAAAGGUUUGUCUCACUGAUAAAAAUGCUCAGGACAGUCUAGAAGUAAUAUUUGGUAACAAUUUAGAAUCACAGUCCUCUUGUUUAAGUCUAGCGUGUUCUAGCCGCAGUUUGGAUAUGGUCAAAUUGAUAUUGAGUUGCGUGAAACAUGAGUGCAUUAAUAAAAUUGAUGAUCAGAGUUGUUCGCCGUUAAUGACUGCUUCUAUGGUUGGCUGUACUGAUGUUGUUAAAUUCCUGCUUAAAGAAGGAGCAAAUAUCAAUUUGUUAAAUGAGGAAUUUUAUUCAUGCCUGCUUUUUUCUUGUAUGUAUGGCCGAUACGACAUAGCCGAGAUAUUAAUCAAAGAAGGCGCAGACGUUAAUUUGUGUACGGCAGAUGAGAAUUCCCCUCUUAAUGCAGCAAUGUUAAUAGGAAAUGCACGUCUUGUGAAACUUCUUAUUACAAACGGUGCUGAUAUCAAUUAUGUGAACGUAAAUGAGCUGUUUUCACUGUUUUCUGAAAUGGUUCUAGACAAUCUAGAUAUUCUUAAACUUUUAAUUGAGAGUGAUCAUAAUUUGCUUAUUGAUUUUAAGUGUCUAUCUGUCGCCUGUGAAAAUGGUAAAAGUAGUGCUGUUGAGUAUCUAAUCGAUAAGGUGGAUAUCAAUCAAGUUAAUGACAAUUGUGAUCCUGCACUUCAUUCUGCUGCCAGUUCAGGUCAUCUUGGUAUUGUUGAAUAUCUUGUAGAACAUAGUGCUAACGUCAAUCUGUGUGAUAUAUACGGACAUACUCCAUUAUUCCACGCAUCAAUAUCUGGUCAUUUGGAAAUUUUGAAGUUUCUAUUACAAAAUGGUGCUGAUAUCAAUAUAGGUGCUAGUUGUUUAUCUUCCGCUGGUUACGUAAACAAAUCCCCUUUGUGCUGUGCUUCAAGUAAGGGUUAUCUGGACAUUGUGGAAGAGUUAAUCAAGCUUCGUGCUGACGUCAAUCUAUGUGACGGUAACGGAGCAUCUUCACUGUGCUACGCGGCACAAUCCGGUCAUCUGGAGAUUGUGAAGUAUCUGCUACAAAAUAAUGCUGAUGUUAAUGUCGGUGCUAGUUGUCUAUCGUACGCUAGUAAAGGCGGUCAUUUAGAUGUUGUAGAAUUUCUUAUUGACAAGAUGGAUGUUAACAAAGUCAAUGACAUUUGUGAUCCUCCACUCCAUUGUGCUUCUGGUCAAGGUCAUGUUGGUAUUGUUAAAUAUCUAGUAGAGCAUGGGGCAGAGGUUAAUUUGCUGAGUUUCUCUAAUGACAGUCCACUGUGUUGUGCCGUGGAGGAAGGACAUCUUCCUGUUGUUGAAUAUCUUUUAGAACAUGGCGCUGAGAAAGAUAAGGCUAUUGAAAUUGCAAUGAUAGGUGGGAAAGAGGACAUCUUAGAUUUUAUGUUGAAACAUUUGAACUAG